CUCUUAUUAACAGCCCCUCUGAAAUACCUACACAUCAGAAAAAAACAGUGUAUCUCUGUCAGCUUUUGAUAAGAAUUGCAGAAGGAAAAAGCCUUGAAUUACAGUUUGAAAAAGAUCAAAAAAUUUCACCUUUGGAAUCUGCUCUGUCUUUUUGGACUUUACUUGAAAGGGAAGAAGUUAAACUGGAAAAGCUUCAUGAAGAUAUUCAUCGCUUGAUUAAAAUUCAGAUUGUAGCAGUCUAUAUGGAAAGUAGAUAUUACAAAGAGGCCGCUGAAGUUCUUGAAAGGCUGUUUACAGACUCGGAGUCAGAUAAGCCUUUAAGGGUGAAGCUGGCAACCAUAAUUAAAAGCAAGGAUCCAUAUGUUCCUCUUCUCCAAAACUUCAGUUACCGUCAUUUGAUAAGUAAAGUCAAGUCUUACAUUAAACCUUUCAUGAAAGAAAGUGAAACUAACAUCUUAAUACAGGAAGCCACAAAACAGGUGGUGUCUAAAGAAUUGACAUUGGCAGAUUCAUUUUGCAAUGCUGUUGCUCCCAAAGAAAAUGACCAAAGUUAUUUGGAAACAGAACAAAGUUUGUCGAAAGAACAACAGCAUACCACAAAUCAGUCAAUUGAAGGCAUGAGAAAACCCUCCAUAAGGCCUCAUUCAGAACAGAAACACAGCAUGAGCAGAGGUCUUCGGAGUCUGACCAACUUGCAAAAUGUGGAACAAAAUGGAGUUACUUUGGCUUGUGCUCGAAGAAAACAGCGAUGGACUUUCAAAGAAGACUUAGAGCUGAAAUCAGGAGUAAGGAAGUUUGGAGUGGGGAACUGGGCGAAAAUUUUGGUCCAUGGUAACUUCAACAACCGAACAAGUGUUAUGUUAAAAGACAGGUGGAGAACAUUGCACAAUCAGAAACUAGUCUGA